UCUUAUAACAGAUGACUGCUUGAAACAUAAAACAUCUGAUCCCGGUUUACUCACACGCGAGAACGUUUCUUACGCCUCUCCAUACUGUGUGGACUAUUUUGUCACGCGUCUUAGACAUCAGUGCUUUGCUUGGGUAUAUUUGUGGACAAAUGAACGACGGAGGAUAGAACGAUGCUAAACAGAUAAUAACGUGUUUUUUCCCCCGCACAGCAUAAGUAGCAACAUCUCCUGUUGAGAAAAAUAAAUUAACGGCUGUUAUUUGUUCUCCGUUUUAUUAAUAGCACGACCUAACGUUUACUUCAUCUCCUCUUGGCUCUGAAGCCGCGCGAUGAAACCACGCAUGUGUUGAUCUGUGCUGCAGCAACGUGCAUCAGUUCCUCUUUGACCCCAGCGAUAAUCUGCAUUCAGACUGAGGCUUCAAUAUAUUUCCAAACUGCUGGAUUUUAGGGUAUUCCGGAGCGUCUCUAUUUAUGUAAUUUCCUAAUAUUUUUUUUAGAUAUCGGAGAGGUUUUUCUAUCAGUUGAGUGGCUGCCCUCGCAGCAGCGUAGCGGGUUCAGAUUUUCAGGACCGAAUUAUAACGCGAGCUGGUAUGUACGUAAUGUGUCAUAGCGAAGGUAGUCAGUAAAUAGAGGGACACGUCCAUCUGCAAUAAAGAGGAAAAGAAGAUGGUGUUCCUGGCCUCUGAAAAUAUACCAUGUAAAUGGUCGACAGCGAUGUUCAAGCCUGGCUUUCCAGUCAAGAUAUUUCUUUGUGUGUUUUUAAUCGUUAAUCUUCCCUCAAGCUCCCUCCAAAGUGAGAAUGACGACGAUGAGGUAGCAAACAAAACCUGGGUUCUGACCCCCAAAGUCUACGAGAGUGAUGUCACUCACAUCUUAAACAGCCUGCUCGAUGGCUACGACAACAAGCUGCGGCCUGACAUUGGAGUGAAGCCCACGGUGAUUCACACGGACAUGUUUGUCAACAGCAUUGGGCCAGUAAAUGCCAUCAACAUGGAGUACACCAUCGACAUCUUCUUUGCCCAGACCUGGUAUGACAGGCGGUUGAAAUUCAACAGCACCAUGAAGGUGCUUCGCCUGAACAGCAACAUGGUGGGCAAGAUCUGGAUCCCCGACACCUUCUUCCGGAACUCCAAGAAGGCCGACGCCCACUGGAUCACCACGCCCAAUAGGAUGUUGAGGAUCUGGAACGAUGGACGCAUACUCUACACCCUGAGGUUGACUAUAGAUGCUGAGUGCCAACUUAAACUGAACAACUUUCCAAUGGAUGAACACUCCUGUCCCCUGGAGUUCUCAAGCUAUGGCUACCCAAAGGAGGAGAUCGUUUAUAGGUGGAAGAGGAGCUCUGUGGAGGUUGGAGACAUCCGCUCCUGGAGGCUCUACCAGUUCUCCUUCGUGGGACUCCGCAACACCUCAGAGAUUGUGAGAACCGUCUCAGGGGACUAUGUGGUACUGACGGUGUUCUUCGACCUGAGCCGUAGGAUGGGCUACUUCACCAUCCAGACCUACAUCCCUUGCACACUGAUCGUCGUGCUCUCCUGGGUCUCCUUCUGGAUCAAUAAGGACGCUGUUCCUGCAAGGACCUCCUUAGGCAUCACCACGGUGCUCACCAUGACAACGCUGAGUACCAUCGCCCGCAAGUCCCUUCCCAAGGUGUCCUACGUGACGGCCAUGGACCUGUUCGUGUCCGUGUGCUUCAUCUUCGUCUUUGCCGCCCUGAUCGAGUACGGCACCCUGCACUACUUUGUGAGCAACCGGAAGCCCAGUGCCAAAAAGGACAAGAAGAAGAAAAACCCCCUCCUCCGGCUCUUUUCCUCAAAGCAGACGCCCACGGUGGACAUCCGCCCGCGCUCGGCCACGGCCAUCCAGAUGAACAACGCCACGAACAGGCAGGAGCGCGACGAGGAGUACGGCUACGAGUGUCUGGACGGGAAGGACUGCACCAGCUUCUUCUGCUGCUUCGAGGACUGCCGCUCGGGAGCCUGGAGGCACGGGCGCUUGCACAUCCGCGUCGCCAAGAUAGACUCGUACGCCCGCAUCUUCUUUCCCACGGCAUUCGGUCUGUUCAACCUGGUCUACUGGGUCUCCUAUCUUUAUCUCUAGAUCCAUCCAUUUCUUUUUCUUUCUUUCUUUCUCUCGAUAAUUUUUUUUUUGUCAUUUUUGUCGGCCUUAUUGUUCGCAUCUUACUCCAGCAAGAUCUUAUCUUUGUUUCUGAAGGGGACCCACUGAAUUUUAAAACAAGAAAAAAUCCAUCUGUGUUUUUUGGGUUCCGUCUCGAUUUAUACAUACAUAAAUAUAAAUAUAUAUAUAUAUAUAUAUAUAUAUAUACCUUUGAAAAAAAAUGUUAAGCAAAAGUUGUAGCAAAACUGAAGGAGAUGGGGUCAGAGACUAAUGGGGUUCGAGUGGAUAUUUUAAUGUAUUUUUUUAUGUAUUUAUUCCUUUUAUUUAUUUCUUAUUUCUUAUUUUUGGCUUGAGCCAGAACUUUUUAUUUUUUUUGCAUGAUUUCCCAGAAUCUUCUGUCCUGAGGAAACGGUGUAGACAAAGCUCCGCAGACACUGCGUGUCAAUGUGUCAAAGCACACUCGUACACCGACCCCUUUGACUGCAGUCCUCAGCGCCAUAUCAGAAGUUGAGUAUCAGUCAGUCUCGUUCUAUCCAAGGGCAAACGUAUGCCUAAACCUAUAGCUACU